AUGGACGAGGUGGGUGGUUGGCACACUAACAACAAGACGUUGAGUAUCUCGCCACCGCUUGAGCAUGUGCGCACUGCGCUUCUUGGAGAUGCAGCUGGUGGUUCACGCGGCACGCUGAUACCGGUGUACAAAAAACUGCCAUCAGACUUGCUGACGCCCGUCAUGGCGUUUUUGCGCUUAUCCAACGGCGCCACGCUAGGAAAUGAGAGUUUCCUGCUCGAGAGUGUGAAUACGGGCGACAGUAUCGGUCGGUUCAGUUUCCUGGGCACUAAGCCGCGCGAAAUCAUUCGGACAGGGCCGGGACUUGCGCGCAGCGGCGAUCCUUUGAACGUAGUGGAAGAGCGCAUGCGCGCGUACGAGUACGUUGCCAUUCCAGAACUGCCCAUGUUUACGGGCGGCACUGUUGGAUACAUUGCCUUUGACUGUAUCCAGCAUUUUGAGCCAUCGACGAAGCGCGAUUUGCGCGACACGCUCAAGAUCCCGGAAUGCGUGAUGCUUUUGUGCGACGCUGUGGUCGUGUUUGACCAUGUGUAUCAGGUUGUGUACUGUAUUGCACAUGUGCAUGCGCCGCAUGGUACCUCAUCUGCACAGCUUGAUUCGUUGUAUGCCGAGGCAGCGAAGCGGGUGCACGCCUUGGGCGAUGCCAUUACCCAGGAAUCCACACCGUUUCCUGUACAAACUCCAAUCACCAAGCCGCGGCAGCCCGCAACAAGCAAUGCAGGGAAGCAAGGCUACGAGGGCUACGUCACGAAGCUACGCAAAAAUAUUUUGCGCGGCGAUAUCUUCCAGGCGGUCCCCUCGCACCGACUUGCGCGCCCGACGCAACUGCAUCCGUUCAACUGCUACCGCUUUUUGCGCCGCAUCAACCCAAGUCCGUACAUGUUUUAUAUCGAUUGCGGUGGUGAACAGCUGGUUGGUGCAAGCCCAGAGACGCUGUGCUGCAUCCACAAAGGCAAAGUCGCCGUGCAUGCAAUUGCAGGCACCGCGCGCCGCGGCAAGACGGCCGAAGAGGACGCGCGGCUCGCUGCGGAGCUUGUUAAAUCGAACAAGGACCAGGCGGAGCAUAUCAUGCUUGUUGACCUUGCGCGGAACGAUAUCAGUCGCGUGUGUGAUCCGCGCACAACGACGGUAGAGUCGCUUAUGAACGUGGAAAAGUUUAGCCACGUUACUCACUUGACGAGUCGCAUUACGGGGCAGCUGCGUGCGAACCGCUCCAAGUACGACGCACUCCGUUCCAUAUUUCCCGCAGGCACGCUUUCCGGCGCGCCGAAACUGCGUGCGAUUGAGCUCAUUGAGGAACUGGAGCAGGAGCGCCGCGGUGUAUAUGGCGGCGCUGUGGGUCGCAUAGACUUUGCACGCGACGAACUCGAUGUAUGCAUAGCGAUCCGCACCAUGGUGUUCAAGGACGGAGUUGCGUAUCUCCAGGCAGGAGGCGGAAUCGUAUAUGACAGCGUGGAAGAGGAUGAGUACUUGGAGACGGUAAACAAGCUGCGCAGCAAUAUGCAUUGCUUGGACGUUGCAGAAGGUGUGUUGUUCGUGAGACUGACAAGACAGAAGCAUAUGAAAAACACGCGGCGUGAUGAUACCGACAUUGCAGCUGCAGGGAAAGAGCCGUAG